CUCUCAGACAGCAGCUGGGUUAGCCUGCUACACGAAAGAAGGUCGGCAGUCAAGGACUUGCGUGGUUGGUCAGCACUCCGAUACAGACGGGCGGGAAGUUCGCGUAGAGAAAGAUCUGCAACAACGUCCGACACGCAUCGCUUUGAUCGCUGGCGGGACUGUGAGCUUUCCACCAGGCGAGGCGUGGACAGCAGUGGUUCAGUGCAACCUGUUGACCCCCUGUGCGCUGGGUAGCACACAGCAGUAGCAUAGGACGGCGGACACAGACGGGUCGAUCAUGGUGGGUGGCGCUGACAAGAAGCCGCAGGGCAGAAGGAGAGGCAAGAAGGCCCGGGGUAGAGCUGGCGGCGGAACUAGUGGAGGGCGCACCAACAACAAGGGUGACAAUGGUGGCGGCGCAGGUGCUGUCAACGGCGGAAAGUCGUUUCCCGUGGUGUCAGACUCGAGGUUCUCCUCCAUGCACAGCGCGCCGGCGUUCCAAAGAGUUAAGCCCGACGAGCGUAAGGUUCAGCUGGACGAAAGGUUCAAGGCGGUGCUCACCGACCCGCGGUUUCAGGUGUCUGCUUCCAAAGUCGACAAGUACGGGCGUCAAGUGGACAAGGCGUGCAAGAAGGCCAAGAGCCAGCUCCGCGCCUUCUACAAAGUGGAAGGAGACGGACAGGUUGACGACGAAAGCGACGAGGGGUCGGGUGUAGACGAUGAGGACGAGGAAGAGGAAGAGGAGGAGGAGGAGAAGGAGGAAGAAGAGGAGGAGGAGGAGGAGGAGGAAGAAGACGAGGAGAAGGGGGAAGGGGGCAUGGCCACUGCGGAAGAAUCUCGACAGGCCUACCUCACUCGACUCUCCCGCGGGGAGAUAUCGGGGUCAUCCUCGGAUACUUCGGACGAUGACGACGAUGACAGCGAUGAGGAUGACGAAGGCGGGUCUGAGUCUGGCGCUGGCAGGGCGGGACUGGACGACCCCUCCAGAGAGGCCAUUCCUGUGUCGGAGGACACUUCCAGGCGGCUCGCGAUCACCAACUGCGACUGGGACCACAUGAGGGCGAAGGACCUGAUGGUGCUGUGCGGGUCUUUCUGCCCCGGCAGUGCCCGACUGCUCUCGGUGGAGGUGUACCCGUCGGACUUCGGGCUUGAGAUGAUGAAGGUGGAAGCAGCGGCGGGUCCUCACGCGGCUCUCUCCGGCAGCAUUCCAGCCGCACAACGUGGUGGCCACUCCGACAACGACGACGACGACGAAGAAGAAGCGACUUCUUGCGGCGACGGCGACGGCGAGGGCGGUAGCGGGGAAGGAGCGGUGGGCGGCGUUUCCACCCCGGCAGGGACCGCGGUCGACGGCAGGGGGGUGCGCCGCCGCCGCCCCGGCGUCAUCAUCGAAGAGUACCGCACCACCGGGGGGGAUGAGGAAGACAACGACGACGACAAUGAGGAAGAGAAUAUCGACGGUUCCGGAUCGAUUAAGAAAAGCCUUCCUUCUGCGGCGGGCGAAGGGAACGGAGGAGGACGCGGGAACGACUCGAAGGGCUUCGAUCCGGAGACGCUGAGGGUGUACGAGCUGCGGAAGCUCAAGUACUACUUCGCGGUGCUGGAGUGCAGCUCCGUGGCCGCCGCGGAAGCCAUCUACAGGGAGGUCGACGGGAUGGAGUUCGAGCACUCGUCGGUGGCGUUAGACCUGCGGUUCAUCCCGGACGAUGUAUCGUUCGAGGGAAGGCAGGUCCGGGACAAGAGUUCCUCCGUGCCCUCGUCGUACCAGCCGCCUUCCUUCAUCUGCAAGGCCCUUCAGCAGACGAGGGUGGAGUGCACCUGGGACGAGGCGCCUUCCGAGAGGCAAGUGCUGCUGGGGAGGGUCUCUCAGUGGAGGGACGCAGCGGAGGAGGAUUUCGAGGCGUACCUAGCGUCAUCAAGCGACGACGACGACUCUGCCUCCGACGACGAUGAGAAGGAAGAAGGAGGCGGGGGUGGUGGCAGAGCCAAGAAGGGCGGGGCGGCAGCAGCAAAGGAAGACAAGAAGGCCGCUGCCCGCAGCGCUCGGAAGCUCCUCCUGCGAGACGCGCUCGGAGGGUCUUCGGAUGAUGACGACGAUGACUCUGAUGCAUCGAUGGGGGAUGCCGGCGGUAGAGAGCCUUAUUCGGGGAGCGGAAACCAAGACAGGGACGAAGGGGAAGACCAGGAGUUUACUUUCGUGCCUCGCGGUUCGGCUGGUGCGGUGGUCGAGGAUGGGUCAGAGAUGGUUUCAGGAGGGGCGGAGGGUUUGCUGGCCCGCCGGAAGGCGAAGGAGGCUUUGGCCAUGGAGACCCCGUGGGAGGCGUCCCUGCGAAAGGAGAGGGAGAGGAAGAGGGCUAGGAAGAAGGCCAUAAAGGAGCGUAUCGAGGCAGAAGAGGCGGAUGAUGACGAAGAUGACGGAGAGGGCGACGGUUUCUUCUUGGAGGAGGCGGUUUCGAAGGGCAAGGGGUCCAAUAGCAGCAAGAGGAAGAACAAGAGUGGGACGGUGAACGACAGAGGUUCGGGGGACACGGAUGGAGAUUCGGCCGCCGCGGGAAUGGCGGGGGGGGCGGAUGAUGAGGAGGAAGAGGACCGGCGGGACUACGACAUGCACCGGCUGGCCCGCGAGGAGAAGCUCAAGGGCAAGAGGCUCAGGGGCAAGCGGAAACGGAAGGAGGCCGCGAGAGAGAAGGCGCCCGGCCAAGACUUCAGUGUGGACGUGGCGGACGAGCGUUUCGCGGCUCUGCUGGAGGGGGACACGCGGUUCGGAAUCGAUCGAACAGACUCUAGCUUCAAGGACACCGAGGGGAUGCGCUCCAUCCUAGAAGAGCGCAUCCGACGAAAGGGCAAGAAGAGACGCGCCGAUCGCGACGGCCCCGAUGCCGGCGACAACGCCGGCGACGGUCAAACCGGCGGCGGCGGCAGCACCAGCAAUGGUGUUGGUGCUGCCUUGGGUGGCGGGAAAAAGGGUGACCUGUCGCUGCUCGUGAACAAGCUCAAAACGAGGGGCCUAGCAGAAAACGGCGCCAGCGGUAGCGGUGUGAAGGGUAUCGGUGCCGAGAGAUCGGACAGCGCGGGUGGUACGUGGAAGGCAGGGAGGCAGCAAGGUGUCGAUGCUGACGGUGCUGAUGGGGGUGGGAAGGAGGCACAGACGGGGGGAGGUGGUGGCAAGGGCCGCAGGGGCAAGAAGAAGCGCAGGAAGGGUUAGCCUCUAAUUUACAGUCCCCGACAGAGAUGGAAGGCGCAGGAUGCUCUGCAUGUCGAACAGCUUUUCUCGUGUAGGUCAGCAUAGCUCUGUGGUUGCAAAAUCGUCAUCCCCUCCAACUACCAGGUGCCCUGAAGCGUGCUGCUGAAAUCUUUGAGGGCGCACGUAGCUGGAGUUUUUUUUUUCGCGAACCUCGGCACCAUGAGUCUACAAGCAGGAGCCUGUGUUUUUUCGCAAUGUGUUUCGUCUAGUCUGAAGGGUUUUUGACGUUGAGGCCUUGGAGGCGUGCCUAGCUCAUGAAAAGGCUGGUACUAUUUACUUGUUGUCGGAGAAGCACUGAUGUCGAGUUACAUAUUGGACUGUCGGCUGUUCAGCCAUGAGCUUGGCUCAGCGCAGGUAUGCGUACGACCCCGUACUAUCGUACCAGAGCCCCGCCUGUGCAUGUCCACGUGUGUC